UUUGAGCUAGCAAUAAACUAUGAUGAGGCCACUGCACUGUACCCCGGGCGACGAAGCGAGAGUCUCUCUCAAAAAACAAAACCAAACCAACCAAACAAAAACAGAAGAUGGGAAAGACCACUUUUCAUAUCAAUUAAAUGGUGACCGUAAGGGACCGCAUUCAAGUCCCUAAAUCCCAAUUGCACGCCCGGGUUUGGGAACCAAAAUCGCUGACGCCCCAAUUUCAGGGCGGAUGCGCGAGUAUGUUACGGUGGAUCGAUUGCUUUUGCCUGGCGGAGGCCUUUUACUAAAGGACCACUUCCGGAAGAGCGACGACAAAGAGAUGAGUCAAGGACGUAUUCGGUUUGGCUAGAGCUUGGGCCGCUGAGAUUUGGGAGUUAGCGCCGGGCCUGAUUGGCCAUCUAGUGGGUCGAAGGAUUUCGUCAUGUUUGCACCCAAGGUGAUGCGUGCCUUGCGCAAGAACAAGACCCUUCGCUACGGAGUCCCCAUGUUGGUGAGUGGGAUGAAGAAAAAGUGUGAUGCUGGAGUGCCGGAAGGGGUGGAACCUCUUCUCAGGCGGGCUCAAGACUGCGGGUUGCUGAUUGUUGGAGGUUCUUUUGGUCUUCGUGAGUUUUCACAAAUCCGAUAUGAUGCUGUGAAGAUUAAGAUUGAUCCUGAAUUGGAAAAAAAACUGAAAGAAAAUAAAAUAUCUUUAGAGUCAGAGUAUGAGAAAAUAAAGGACUCCACUUUUGAUGAUUGGAAGAAUAUUCGAGGACCCAGGCCUUGGGAAGAUACUGACCUCCUCCAAGGACGAAAUCCAGAAAUCUUAAAGACUAAGACAACUUGACUAUGCUGAUUCUUUUUUUUUUUUAAUUUUAAAUAAAAAUACCAUAAACUGUU